AUGGAUGCGACCGACAUCCGGAGUUGCUAUGAUGUCAACAAAAGCCAAGGCCAGAGAACCACCCUCCUCAUCCUUAACGGACGACCUCCCAGCUCGAAUGAUAUCGCCGCUAGCCCUGGUCUCGCCUGCCUCAUCGUUGUCUUGAGACGCAUCUACGCUCAUCUCCUCGGCCACCCCGGGGCUACUACUUUUCUCAACUGGGUGAAGUCAUCGGAACAAGAAAAUCCCAUCCUGCGUGUCGCAUGGCACCCAUUUGGUGAUUAUCCAGAGGAGAUUGAGCGAGCAACCAUGUCCAUGAACAACUUGGCCAAAGAGCUCGCUUCCAAGGGCUUCUCACCCGACGAGUCAUUCUAUACCCUCUGCGAGUCGUCGCUGAUGAAGAGAACCUUUUGGGCUCACCAAGGCGUCCGUGUCGUCAGUCCUCCCGCCCAAGCCAACAUGGAUAGCCAAGACGCGGCUGGCACCUAUCUACAAGCAACCUUGCUCGAGUUUCAUCCUGCUCAAAAGCCAGGCCAAACUCUGCAAAGCUUUGCCGAUGAGUUUUUCGAGGCGACCACCGCCAGACCUCCCAUCAUCCGCACCCUCUACCACUCUGAUCCGAGUCAGCCCAUUGAUUUCAACAGCCUCCGAAGCUUCGUCCCCCCAGUUCAUGGCAACUCUUCUAUCGAUGGUAGAGAGAAGAAGUAUCUACUCCUGGCGGUUGUUCGUCUCAAUGACACCAACCACAAAAACGACUACGUCCGUACUUAUUCGAUCUACGGGCCCAAUAUGAUCGCUGAAUAUGAGCCUCCAUCGUUCAUGGCCCAUCGAUGGUCUGUCAGAGAAGGGCCUGCCAAGUACAUGCUCAUUCAUGGGCUUCACGAGCAAAGAACGAAUGGCCAAACAGACUUCGCCAGUUUUCCUGAAAUAGUUCCUUACCACGUCUCUCAAGAAGAUGCCUCCUUCCUUCGCACUAUCGACGAUUCCCUCAAACGUGCGGCGCGGGCAUCCGAAGCUAAGUCGAAAACGACUGACACCAAACUUGCCGGAGUCUCUCAGCAACCAGAGUACAAGGAUCCUCGCAUUAUCGUCGGUGGGCUUUACAGACCAAAGUUAGCCUGGAACGUCAAGAAGAACUCUCCUGGGUAUGGAUCGGAUCGCCUCUUCAGAGAGUAG